AUGAGUCUUUGGCAACUUGAGAGUUCUUGUUGGAGUUGGGUCUGGAAUUUCAAUUCUCUCUCGAGCGCAACAACAGAUGUCAGAAUAACAUUCCCCACUGUCCUUCUUGCCACCAUAAACUGUGUAUUGACCGAACUUGCAUUUACAGGAAGACCGGUCAAUACAAGGUUCACAGUUGAAAUAGUUGUACUCAUACCUGGUGAGUACGAGUGUGAGUAA